AUGCCCGUUUCUGCUAAAGACAUUCAGACAAACCUCAACAAUGUCUCAUCAUAUCUAGAACAGCUCCGCGACAAUAUCGAAGAUAGAAGCAGACUCACUAAGCUCAAGCUAACGCCGUCGCAGGCAGAUAACUUAGAAAUCGUUGAGGUGCUAUCCCGAAUCAAACGUACUCUCACGUUCCUCAAUGAAGACAUCGCUGGCGACAACAUCAAGAGGUUCGGUCCCGAGUAUUCCGAAUUGGUGGAGGAAUUCCGCCAGUUGAUGGCCGAGUUGGCUUCGGAUGCCUAUCUCGAUGCUAGUGAGUAUGAAUAUUCAAAGCCAUUGAAGAGCGAGGACACCGUGAGGAAAAGCGUCCGCUUCAAAGAUUACGAUGCAGAGGAUGAUGAAAAUACCCAAAUGCGCAACGAGCUCAUGGGCACUGCGACCAACAACUUCAAGCCAUAUCGAGAUGAAGAGGACCGCAACACCCUUCUGUCUGUAGAUACCACCAACCAGGAGCUUUUUGCACAGCAUCAACAGCAGAUGUUGGAACAGGACCAGAACUUGGAUCUGCUCCACCGUUCCAUUGUCAAUCAGCACUCAAUGGGAGUAGGAAUAGGACAGGAACUUGAUGAGCAUCUUAUAGUGCUUGGUGAUCUAGAAAGAGGAGCAGACCAAUCUUUGUCAAGGGUUCAGCGCGCCACGACCGGAGUCAAUGAAUUCCGCAGAAAAGUUGCUGAAAAUGGUAGCUUGACCACUAUCAUUGUCUUGACAGUUAUUCUCAUAUUGUUAUUGGUGGUGUUGAACUGA